CAGCUACGCUGUUCAAACCUUAGAAACGUUUCUGUUUGUGGGAUAUGGGGCGUAAAUAAAUGCGUGGAUCCGGGAAAAGUCUUGAGUUGAAGAUGCACCGCGUUAUCCGAAAUCUGUAGCAUUGACUGCAGGAGAGAACAGCAUGAAAGCAAAAGACGAAGAACACACGCCAUAUUACCACGCUUCCCAACCCGGCCCAACCAAAUCCGUGCUCUCGAGGUCUCCAAAAACCAGCAGCCGAUUCCCACAAACGCCCUUGCCCCUAUCCUCCGGUCCAGCCCCUCUUGACAAGCAAAGCAGGGUAUUGACAUUACCUUGGCAGAACUUCGUAACCAGAACAGACCGUUAACCGUUAUCCAAAACACAUCAAAACGUAACGCA